AAGAUGAAGUCAUGAGAUAGAGAAAUUACUGUGUAAGAAAGCGGGGAAAACCAAAACACAUCUCUUCUAGUUUCAUUAUUAGUCAUGUCAUGGUCCAGUGGAAGGAGCACUUGCUCUGGCCUGGGGCCCUGGUGGGAUCCCACCUCUGAGGUGGCCAAUGAACAGCCUUGUCAGGAAUAUUUUGGUUGCAUGAUUCAGGGGAUUUCCUGGGUCUCAGGUUCUUCAUUUGCAAAAUGAAGGGUCAGGGAGAGAAAAUGAGGAGAGGGGAAAACACCAGACUUGAUCACCUCUGAGGUCCCUUUUAGCUCUAAAUCUAUCAUUCGUUGUGAAUCAGUCUGGGUCAUAGGCUACACAGUAGAGCUCAAGGAAAUCGGGCAGAAAUAAAAGGAACCAGCCCGAAAGCCUGACAGGGAGGAAGGGGGGCGAGGCGCAGAUGAGAGGGGCUGAGAGUACCAGGUGCCUGGGGCCAAGGCCACUGCCCAGUGAGCAGAGUUAUGCAGGGGAACACAGACAGUCCCUUGGCCAGGGUGGGAAGGAGGUGUUGUCUUGCCUCCUUUCUCUCUUCAGGUACCAGCUGCUUCCCGUCCCAUCAGAGAAGAUGUUUCCCAAGGCAGCCAUCUGCAGCCUCCUCCUCCUCAGUGUGCUCUGGAUUGAUGUGGCCUUGGCGGGCUCCAGUUUCCUAAGCCCUGAGCACGCAAAGACCCAGCGGAAGGAAUCCAAAAAGCCACCUGUCAAACUUGUACCCCGUGACAUGGAAGAUGCCUCCAGUCAGCCUGAAGAAAUAGAGAAAGGUCUGGAAAUCCAGUUCAAUGCUCCCUUUGACAUUGGGAUCAAAGUGGCAGAAGCUCAGUAUCAGCAGUAUGGUCAAGCCCUGGAGAAGGUCCUAAAGGAGAUCCUUUCGGAAGAGAACCAAGGACAUACAGUUGAAAACUGACGCAACUGGAGAGAUGAGCCCACACAUUUUUCUAACCAACAUUCAUCAUUCCUAGCCUUGCAUUCAGAUUUGCUUCCCUGACAACUUCCCCUCUCUGUGUUUCAACUAUAUGCCGGGGAGAGAAAUAAAAUUCCCAU